UACGAUUAGACGCCAUCAAUAUAAAAACUAGUUGAAAUGAGAGAACCGGCAAGCAUGAAACUCACAGACUCUGUCGUGCAGAAUUUUCGUGUUGCUAAAAUAUUUAGAGAAAAUACAGAUAGAAUUACUAGUUUAGAUUAUUCAGCGAAUGGCGAAACACUUAUAUCGAGCAGUGAUGACGACUCUAUUGUAAUUUACGACUGUCAAAAUGGAACGCCGAAACGGACAUUGAACAGCAAGAAAUAUGGAGUUGAUCUCAUUUGCUACACUCAUGCAGUUAACACUGCUCUUCACAGCUCAACAAAGGUUGAUGAUACCAUACGAUAUUUGUCCCUCCAUGAUAACAAAUAUAUCCGGUACUUCCCUGGACACACCAAGAAGGUUGUGACCUUAAACAUGUCACCCAUCAACGACUCGUUCCUAUCGGGAUCCCUGGACAAAACUAUCCGGCUGUGGGACCUACGGUCACAGAAUUGCCAGGGUUUGAUGCAUUUGCCCGGCCGUCCAGUAGCAGCAUUUGACCCUGAUGGCCUCAUCUUUGCAGCAGGAAUCAAUUCAGAGAUUGUCAAAUUGUAUGAUCUGAGAUCCUUUGAUAAGGGACCAUUUGCUUCAUUCAAAUUGUCACAAGAUCGUGAUUGUGACUGGACAGGGAUGAAGUUUAGUGCAGACGGUAAGCUCAUCCUCAUCUCUACUAACGGACAAGUCCUGCGCUUGAUUGAUGCUUUCCAGGGAACGCCCCUUCAGACAUUCAUGGGGUUUCAAAACAACAAAGGGAUUCCUUUGGAGGCAUCGUUCAGUCCUGAUUCUCAGUUUGCUCUUUGUGGUUCUACUGACGGAAGGAUACAUACCUGGAACACAGACACAGGAGUGAGGGUAUCUGUGCUCAACUGUGAUCACCCCGGUCCUGUCCAAUGUGUGCAGUUCAACCCCAAAUACAUGAUGCUGGCAACUGCCUGUACAAACAUGGCUUUCUGGCUUCCUUACAUUGAUGACUGAGUGUGAUAACAAACCAAAAGGAGUGUGUAAAUAUUCUAAAUGUGUGGUUACUCCAGGUCAGGAGGACAAGGACACUUAAACUGUGAUUGGACAGCCAGUUGAGAGAAUAUUGAUGUACAAUCAAGUGUAGUGUGUACAGCAAUCAUUGGGUGGAGUACUAGUGUACAAUAGUACAAUUGUACAUCCAGUCGACAGAGUGCUUUGGACAUUGAUUGGACUGAGUGCUUUGUACAGUGAUUUUAAAGCCAAGUGCUGGUGUAUUAUCUUUAUACAUGUAGUACUUCAUACAGUGAAGAAUAGAGGACUGUGUACAGUUAGUGGACCGUACUUUGUACAUUGAUUGCGUGUAGUGCUGGACUGGUGUAUUAUCUUUAGAGUACUGUGAAUGGACAGGAUAGUGAACAGUGUAUUGCGUACAGUAAUUACAUUUGAACAAAUGAUUGUGUUAGUAAUCGUUGAGCAGAUUAUUGGUGUACAUUGUAUAGUGUACACAGUGGAUAAAUGAUGAAGAUGGCUGUACUAUUCAAAAGAUGCUGCUCUGUGUAUGCAGAGGACAGGCUUGUUGGUUGAUCACCAAAACUGUAAAUAGAAACUUCCAGUUUUAGCUCAUCGACCCUAAACUGCCAAAACAAACAGUACACUAUCACUUACAUUGUUUAUAUACAUUGCUAUAUAGAUAGCUCACUGCUGCUAAGCUGUCUCUAAAAAUAAUGCACUAGCCAUCACGAUCACCUACAUAGCUAGCUUACUGUCCAAAAACUGUACACAUGUUGAUAUAAGCAGUACACAUCACUAACAUAGCUAACUUAUAAUUAUUUACCCUGAACAGACAAUAUAAACGAUUCACAAUCACUUACCCAAAUAUUGCUUGCUCACUGACCCUUGCAGUCAAUAAGAAGAAAAAAUCACAAUCCCUUACAUUGCUAAGUUAUAAUUACUGGCCCUGAACUGCUGGCAGUGCCCAUAUAUAUAUAUACAGUACACUAUCCCUACAGUAUUAAGGAAUAAUACAGGAUUAAUUAUGCUAUUGAAAGUUUUUUUGUCCAGUUACUUUUAUCAUAAUGUUGUGCAAGAAAACAAGCUGUUGACUCAAUGUAUUUGAAAGAAUUCAUUCUAUCAUGGGAUCCGAUCGUGGCUGUAACUGAAUCCAAAAUUAAAAGAAAUGCUAUUUCAUGGAGAAUUUUUGCCUGGAAAAAAAAAUUUGGAGAGAGGCAAAGUUAUCUUUAAACCUUUGAUACAUGAUCUUGAGUCCGUCUUUUACUGACGCACAUACAUAAUGUGUAUAUGGAUGUGCUGAUCUUAUUUCAAAAAAUUCUUUUAAAAAAAGCUGAAAUAAAUCAUGAAAAAUACAGAAACAUUUUUGUUUUAUCAGGCCAAUGAUGUUUUGUAAUUGGAAUAGAAAGGAGAUAAUCUCAAUACGGCUAUAAAAGCCCCAUAUUUGUCUGGUGUGCUAGCUUUACCUCACUUAAUACUGUUAAAUGGUAGCUAGUAGUAUAGGUUAUUAACUCGUAACAUUAAUGCUGACCUCUGACCAGUAUUUGUCAUGGCAUACAUAUACAUUGGUAUUUUAAUGAUCAUUUGUCAACAUUUACAUGACUAUUAAUAUUGUUGAUAUGCCAAAUAGCUGGGUAAGGAUUUGAUACUUUUAAAGAAAAGUUCUUAAGUGAAUCUAAAAUUUCUAAAGCAGUUUUAGGGAGAAAGAAAUAUUGAUGGUUGUACAUACAGUUCUGUUUGAAGUACAUACCAUACUGUGUACAUUUUAAUUUUGUGGUUUAUUUCUAAUUUUUAAAUAGUUGCAAAUAAUGAUAGUUAGUGGAAUAUUUUGUAAUUAUUAUUUAAGUCAGGACAUGCCAGUUCCAUGUAAUUUACAUAGUUCUUUUUGGCAUGAUGUACAUUUUUUGUCCAUAAUGUUAGAAAAAAUGUUUAUUAAAAGUGUGUAUAAUUUGACAUUUAUUCGAUCAUGAUCAUGAGUGUUGUGUAAAAAUGAUGACAUGCGAGUAACACUAUUACUUGUUAUUCAUUGAAGUAUUCCGUUUCCAUGGUGUGCAUGUUGUGUACAUGUCUUCAAGUAUCAUAUCUUGUACAACUUUUUAUACUCACAAUAUUCUUAUAGAGCUAUUUAACAUUUUGAAUGGAUGGAAGAGAGUGAGACAUGAGUGAGACCAAUACAAGAUACAAACUAGUGUACUGUAUGUGGUUAAAUAAAACUGAAAAAAACAAGUGCA